AUGGCGUUAUUCCUCCGUGUGAAGAACAAGUUAGACAAGAGGUGUUGCACGUUGUGGUUCUUUUGGCCCUCAGAAAUAUGCAGAUUGAAUCAAAGGUUAUCGAAAUCCCAGAGAGAGAAUGAAUCCCUCCAAGAAAAGGUGAAACAUCUCACUUUGGUGGCUGAUACAGUUGAGUUGAAAACACAGCAGCUUCAAGCUUCUCUUCAGCAAGGGAACGAGCUACAAAAUAGGUGUCGGGAGCUACAAAAGGAAUCAUUAGAUUUAACUAAUCAAGUCGAGGUGAUUGGACUGGAGCUGCGGAAAGUGACGGCUGAGAUGGAGCACUACAAGAAGCUGCUCACGACGAAAUCAAAUGAAGUUGAUGUCUGCCAAAAUGAGCUGAAGAAAAUGAAAUACGAAAAUGGAAUUUCUGAAUCGAGACUUGCAAAAGAGCUGAAGGAGAAGGAGGAAUCACUGUUAAUCUGCCAGCAAGUGUGCAAGCAUUUGCGGGAAGAAGUGGCUGAGAAAGAGAGGAAGGAAGAAGAGCUGAAAAGAAGAACAGGCCGAACAGACGGCGAGAUAGAAGCACUUAAAUCUCUCCUCAGACAGGCAGAGGAAGAGGUGAUGAUGUUGAAACAAGACAGGGAGUUAAUGCUGAUUUCUCAUCAGAACAGAACAGAGCAGCUGCAGGAAGCGCUAAGGCAGAAGCUGCAGAGCGAGGAUGACCGGAGGGCGAAGCUGGAACUUGACCUGGCUAAAGGUGAAGCACGACACAAAGAAGCUAUCCUUAAAGUCAAGGAAGAAGCGAAAAUGGAACUUGAAAAUGAAAGACAAAAAUACCAAGAAAUCAUCACAAAAUGUCAGAGGGAUCAAGAAGAGCUCCAGAAGAAGAUACCUGAAUUAAUAUCCAGUGGCAUCAAUAACUUAAGGAUGGAAGUGGAAAUUCUUGAAAAGAAACUGCAGGAUGCCCAGGUCAAACUUUCAGAGAAAGAUGAAGAUAAGGAAAAAGAUAUUCAGAGUCUUAAGGGACUAAUUACUGAGCUUGAAUUUCAGCUGAAGAUGGAAAAGAACAAUAAUGAAUCAUUUUUGGAUAAUAUGAGGAAAGAAAUCAAACAGAAGUCAGAUGAACUGGAAAAAAUAACACAGGAGCGAGCGCAGCUGAUCCACAACUUGAGUCAAGUCCAAGAGGAGAACACUCUCCUCCAGGAAACGGUGCGCAGAGAGUGUGAGGAACGCUACGAGCUCACUGGCGCUUUGACUCAAGCCAGGGAACAAGUCCUGGAACUAAAGAAGCUCAGCGGCAACUUCCCGUUAUCAGCGUGUUCCCUCGCGCAGGGCAGCCUAACCUCCUGCGCUGCCCUGGUCGAUAGUUACGGGCAGAAGAGCCGCACUAGCCCCAGCUCGGGGAAGCCAGGGCAGUUUGGGGUCUCCAGAGCCCCUAAGGCUCCCGUGCCCGGGCAGCGCAACGGCACCGUGGCGCUGCCGCUCCUGACGCCACCGGCAAGAGGGAAGGCGUCCUCGCUGAACGAGUCCAGGAGCAGAAUCGCUGCCGUUAUUAGAAGACAACUGAGUCAGCUGUGAGAGCCGUAAACGCCAGCGAACGCGCUGGCGUGAGCUGCGCACAGCAGAGUCAUUUCCCUGCAUUCAGUGACCGUUCACUUGGGCACCUCCGAGCCACGUCUCACCAAAUGCAAUGCGGGCAUUUCUGCAACUUAAGUUAUAUUUGUGCAUCUGUGUACUGCUGAUGCGAUAAUGUUUCUUUAUCCGUUGCAUAUCAAUGUAAUUAAAUGGCAUCUGCAGUUCGAGAUAAGUAGAAAAGUAUUACUGCUCCAGGAGGAGCACAUCUUUGAAAGGAUACUUAAAAUAAUUGCCAAUUUCAGCUAUUAUUUUCCCUUAACCGCUUUACUGUGAUUUUUCUAUUUCAAGUGCUGGCCAGUGUAAUUCCACUGCUUGUUUCUGAUGUGAAAAUAUGAUAUAUUUGGUUAGCAUCAGAUUUUUGCUGUUGUUUAAUUGAGUGGCAUCAUGUUUGCAGCUAGUUAUGCUUAGACCAAAGAGUUUAACUAGUCAUGGACUAAUAUAUCACUCUCCUAGCACUAACAAGUAGGUUAAAUGCUGUUCAGGGACAUAUAUUCCCUGCCACCUUGGGACAUGCCUUCAAGCCACGGUGAUGAUCAAGGAGUUGAAGACUUCAUAGUUUGUCCCCAAGAAGGUUUUCUCUCGCAAUGUGACGUGUGAGGGUCUUUGCACAAAGCUUGGAAGCUGCCGUUUGCAGGGAGUUGUUACACAAGAGAAUCAGGAUUUUAU